AGAUCGCGGAUCGCGAUCCGAUCGCCCCUCCUGGAUCCUCCAGACAUCGCCGGUGGCCUGUCUGGCAGUCGAUACUGGUCCCUCGCAUCUGACCCCGUCGCCUUUCCCCAGGGACAUCUGUCCUCCGGUCUUACCACGCCCUCGUCAUUGGUCGUGGGUGAUCUCUUCUCCUCGAACUUCUCGCGCGAGACAUCCGCCAACCUGGCUGCCCUCGCGAUUCCCCCACCAGGCAUGGGGACGGCGCUCGAGGCGCUGACCACCCCCCAGCCGUUGAACUCGCGUCGUCCCGCGGCCCCGACCUUGCCCAGCUUCGAGCUGCCGGCUCCUACCUUUCCUACUAGUGGUCCCAUCAAGUACGCCCAUCACCCUAAUUCUGCGUCCAUUCACCCCAGCGUCAGCAAACUUCUUACUCCGCCUGCGAGCACCCAGUCCGGCGACAACGGUCACGCCAGCACGGCGGUCACCACGGGCGUCUCGACCAACUCGGAGCUGGCCCCCUACUGGCAAGGCCAGGGUUCCUAUAGUGCGUCUGGGGCCGCCGCGGCGCGUCAGUCGUGGAGUUCGGGCAUGCCUUAUACGAGUCGAGAUACCUUUCCCCUCCCUCGCAACCCGGCCACGUCGACCCCGGGCACCGAGCAUAUUCCCCAGCCAUUUGAAGUGAAUCAGUUGCCCCCGUUCCAACAACCGAUCCCGGUCUCGGCGGCCCCGGGGGGUCCGCUACAGCAUCAUUCGAUGCCGCACGCCAUGCUGUCCGUCCACCCGCUCCCGAAUCCCGCGCCGUCGCCCCAUCCCCUGCCGUCGAACGAUCCCUACAUGGUCAAAUCCUCGUCCGCUCCGGCGUACGGGACGGUGCAGCAGGUGUCCAAUUCCCCUGGAUAUUCCUCGUACGGACCAACGGGACUCGGCAUGCAGCAGCCCCCGGGCCGGGUGGCCUCGAAUCCGCAUCCGACGCAUCAUUUGAAUUAUCAACGUGGGCCCUGGCCGUCUUACUCGCUCCCGGCGAUGAACGGUCCGGUCUGGACGAACGUGCAUAAUCCGAACGGGCCCAUGUCCGUGACGGGGAAUCAGCCGGGACUGCUGCCGGGUCUUCCCGGGUUCAAUAGCGGACACGCGGCCAAUUUGCAGCAGAUGCAGCAGCUGUAUGGGGGCCACCCACCGCAUCCCGGCCACGGCGGGCCCGGACCAACCAACGACCGACCGUUCAAGUGCGACCAAUGUCCGCAGAGCUUCAACCGGAACCACGACCUGAAGCGACAUAAGCGGAUCCACCUGUCGGUGAAACCGUUCCCGUGCACCCACUGUGACAAGAGCUUUUCGCGCAAGGACGCGUUGAAGCGACACAUCCUUGUCAAGGGGUGUGGGAAGGACGGGUCGGAUGGCCUCAAGGCGAGCGAGCACGGCUCGGUCAAGGAGGAAGAUCGGAGUGAUGGAUUGAACGGCCACCAUUAA